AUGAACUCGCAUUACCUAACGUCUUCGCGUACCAAUCCGGUAUUUUACUUAUUCAGGCAAACCUUUAGCGAGAAUUUUGAUUGGCAGAAUUACGACUUGGAAGCUGUUCACCAGACUGCCUGGCAGGAGUUUUGGGAACUCGAGGGUCACCAACUACUCGAGCAUAAGUGGCACAAACGAUUUCCCGAAUACAGGGAACAAAGCGAAUCUUUUAAUUCAGAAGAGCAGGCUCUUUGGCUUGAAUUGUGGGAAAAACACGUAAAUAAUUUAACCGCCAAAUUUUGGCACAUUCUUUCCUGUGCUUCUGAAAACUAUCGGAACGAUUUGGAGAAAUCUUUCGGACAGGAAGAAACUAUAGAGGACAUUAAGGAAUGUUUUGAAGACUUAAACUUUUCGAAAAAAGAAAGAAAAAAAAAAAAAAAAACAUCUAAGAAAUUUGCGGAAAAAACAGAGGAGGAAUCCUUUUUAGGCGAUAACGAAAUUUCUUUAGAUUUUAACGAGAAGGAACAGUUAAGGUUAUUGGGUUUGCCUACAUCCUUUGGCUCGCAGGGGAAACAAAAUUUAAAAAAACUAAGAAAUCUUACCGAUUCUAGCAGUAACUCGGAAGACGAAGACGAUCUAAUCAUGGAAAACGAAAGCACCAACCAACUUCAUGGUGUGCAGAAAGGUUUCAUAUCAAAGAAGAACCAGCGCAAGCUAAAUAAAGUAAAAAUUCUGGCGGCUAAAAUGCCCGAAUUUAUGCGGGACGAAAACAACCGAAAAAUGAUUAAAUACUGGAUGAAAAGAUUCUCUUUGUUUUCACGUUUUGACCAAGGGAUUCAACUGGAUCGUGAGAGCUGGUUCUCGGUGACUCCUGAAAAAAUUGCAAGGCAAACUUCUCGACGACUGGCCUGUGAUCUAAUUGUAGACGCCUUCUGUGGAUGCGGUGGAAAUGCCAUACAGUUCGCUAACACUUGCGGACGGGUGAUUGCUAUUGACAUCGACGCGAAAAAGUUGGCGAUGGCUAAGCACAAUGCUUCUAUCUACGGCGUUUCCCACAAGAUAGAGUUUAUUCAUGCGGAUUUCCUGCAGUUCGCCGUCGGUACAAAGUUACGCCCAGAUAUCGUGUUUCUUAGUCCUCCUUGGGGAGGUCCUGAUUAUCAAAAACAGAGCACCUUCGACAUUGAACAAAAUUUGCUUCCCGUGGGAGCCUCCCACUUGAUGAAACUUUCCCGAAAUCUUUCCAGCAAAGUAGGAUUUUUUUUGCCUCGUAAUUCGAAUAUGACACAGGUAAUUGCUUUAAGUGGACCUGGCCAGCAGUGCGAGGUGGAGCAUAAUUAUCUAGACACGCGAAUGGUAGCUCUUACGGCAUACUAUGGUGAAGGAUUGGUAAAAGCCAACUAGAAGAUUUGUUAAACUUAGAUAAGUAAAAUUUUUUUUUUUUUAAAUUACCUUUGAAGCCAUUUAUAUUUAUAUUAAAUAAAGUGCAGUAACUAAAGCAAGUAUGUUUUUUUUUUUGCUUAAUAUUUUAUAAACACAUUUAAAUUGAUUAGCCCUUCAAACAGAACAUAAGAAACUUAUGUAAAAUGAGAAAAAAAAUAAAUGUUUAUUUUGUUGAAACUUAUAAACACAUAAUUAUGAAUUAAGUAAUAGUUAAGUAAUAUAUUUGUUUGUAUCAGAGGUAUGCAUAAAAAUACAUAUUUAUGUCGCCAAAGGUUUGUUUUUGUUACUUGUUCCACAAGUAGAUAAAAGUUGACUAAUGAAUAAAGUCGCCACAUACAUAUGUAACAUA